CAUUUCUGGUCCAAGAGCUUCCCCGAAAGCGUGGUUCUCAUUUUAUGGAAACCCUUUGCAAUUUGGCACAGCUUUCGAAAGUAUGUAGGAAAAAAAAGUCUGCCAGAGGUUUGGCCUCCAACUGUGAAAACAGACACUGCCUUUUCAAACUCCUCUCCCAGAUCCACUGACCAACACCCAGAAGAGAGAAUUUACAUUCUUUUCGAAUACGGCAGGAAAAUGAAGAUCCGGCUAAAAAUCAUAUUUGGCGUGGUUAUAUGCCUUUUGUUUUCCUUGUUACUUAUGUGUAUUAUACUGCUUCCAUCAAGAGUUGCCAACACAGAUGAUGGUCCCAGAGCUCUUACAUUGGAGGAUUAUUUGAAUGGAAACUUCCAAUAUAAAACAUUUUUUCCAUAUUGGGUGUCAGAUAAUGAAUAUCUUCAUCAGUCUGCAGAAGGUGAUAUUAUUCUUCACAAUGUUGAAAUGAACUACGCAACUACCAUCAUGACAAAUAGCACAAUGAAUCAAGUUAAUGCUUCAAAUUAUGUGUUGUCAUCAGACAAAUACUUCAUAGCUCUGGAAAGCAAUUAUUCAAAGCUGUGGAGAUACUCUUACACAGCAUCAUACCAUAUUUAUGAUCUCAUAUAUGGUGGUUUUGUAACAGAAAAUCAGCUUCCACAUAAAAUUCAGUAUAUAUCCUGGUCACCCGUUGGACACAAAUUGGUAUAUGUAUAUCAGAAUAAUAUAUAUUUAAAACAAAGUCCAAGGGAGGCAUCAAUUAAACUAACUAGCGAUGGAAAACAGAAUGAAAUAUUUAAUGGGAUUCCUGAUUGGGUCUAUGAAGAGGAAAUGCUAGCAACAAAAUAUGCACUGUGGUGGUCUCCAAGUGGAAGAUAUUUAGCAUAUGUACAAUUUAAUGAUUCUGACAUACCAGUUAUUGAAUACUCAUAUUUUGGUGAGGACCAGUAUCCUAGAAAAAUAACUAUCCCCUAUCCAAAGGCUGGGGCUAAAAAUCCUACUGUUAAAGUGUUUAUCGUUGAUACUAGUAAUCCUGAAGCAUAUGGUCCUAAGGAGGUGCCAGUUCCUGCAGUCAUAGCACACAGUGAUCACUAUUUUACGUGGCUUACUUGGGUAACAGAUAGUCGCAUCUGUGUGCAAUGGCUAAAGCGAAUCCAGAAUUUUUCAGUCUCGGCUAUUUGUGACUUCAAAGAAUAUUCAAAUACUUGGGACUGUCCAGAGAAACAACAGCACAUAGAAGAGAGUCAAACAGGAUGGGCAGGCGGAUUCUUUGUUUCUGCACCAUAUUUUACAUCAGACGGCAGUUCAUACUACAAAAUUUUUAGUGACAAAAACGGUUAUAAGCAUAUUCACUACAUCAAUGGCUCUGUGGAGAAUGCCAUCCAAAUCACAAGUGGAGAAUGGGAGGCAAUAUACAUUUUCAGAGUAACAAAUGAUGCAAUUUUCUAUUCAAGCAAUGAAUUUGAAGGCUAUCCAGGAAGAAGAAAUAUUUACAAACUCAGUAUUGGAAGUAGACCUAUCAGAAAACAAUGCAUUACUUGCAAUUUAAGGAAAGAGAGAUGCCAGUAUUAUACAGCAAGGUUCAGUGAACGUUCUAAGUAUUAUGCCUUGGUCUGUUAUGGUCCCGGGAUUCCGAUUUCUACACUUUUUGAGAACUAUGGUGAUAGAGAGCUCAGAGUAUUGGAAGACAAUAGGGAAUUACAGUCUGCUUUGCAAGAGAUCAAACUGCCGAAAGAAGAAAUUAAUAAACUUGAAGUGGACGGUAUAACUUUGUGGUACAAAAUGCUUCUACCCCCACAGUUUGAUAGAUCCAAGAAGUACCCUCUGCUUAUUCAGGUGUAUGGAGGACCUUGCAGUCAGAAUGUAAAGGAAACAUUUAGCAUUAGCUGGAUAACCUAUCUUGCAAGCAAAGAAGGAAUUAUUGUUGCUCUAGUGGAUGGCAGAGGGACAGCUUACCAAGGUGACAAGAUUUUGCAUGCAGUAUAUCGAAGACUAGGGGUCUAUGAAGUCGAGGACCAAAUCUCAGCAGUGAAAAAAUUUAUAGAAAUGGGUUUUAUUGAUGAGAAACGAAUAGCAAUAUGGGGCUGGUCUUAUGGUGGGUACGUAACAUCUUUGGCACUUGGAUCUGGCAGUGGAGUAUUUAAAUGUGGAAUGGCUGUGGCUCCUGUUUCCAGCUGGGAAUAUUACGCAUCUAUCUACACAGAACGAUUUAUGGGUCUUCCUGUAGAGUCCGAUAAUCUUGAGCACUACAAGAAUUCAACUGUGAUGGCAAGAGCAAAGAAUUUCCAAAAUGUAGAGUAUCUUCUCAUCCAUGGAACAGCAGAUGAUAAUGUACAUUUUCAGAACUCAGCACAAAUUGCAAAAGCUCUGGUUAAUGCACAGGUGGAUUUCCAGGCAAUGUGGUAUACUGAUGAGAACCAUGGAAUUCCGGGCCUUUCCAGCAAACAUCUCUACACACAUAUGACCCACUUCCUCAAACGAUGUUUUUGUUUGUCAGAAUAAGUGGGCUAUUCAGAGCAUCCUAAGGCAUCUGAUACACCUCUGGGAGAAUGCAAUGAUAAUAGUGCCAGGUUACACAGUUUUCAGGUGAACUGAUAAUAGGAAAUUUGAAGUUUUAAACUUGAUGUUUACAUCCAAUUUUGAUACUGUAUAUUAGCAAAUGUUAUGCUAAUACAUGUUUUGGCACAUUUACACCUGUUCACCAGAAAAAAUAAAAUCAUAAUGUAAAA